AUGCUUAAUAAAACUGAACUAUGUCCUAUAAAAGAUAAAAACUAUGACUUUACUACAGAUACAUCUAUCAAAGUUAGAGAGGCACUUAGAAUUGCAGUAUUGAGAUCAUGUCAUAAGGUGCAAGAGAAUAAAAAAAAACUUGAAGAACCAGAUUCUAUAAAAGAUUACCAAAAUGGAUUUUCUAGUUGUUUGUCAAGAUUCUUUAAAGAACUCAUCACUGUAUUAGUAAAGAAAAAAUUUGCAGCUGCAAUUCAGAAAAGAAAAGAAAGAGAUUUGGCAAAAAAGAAGUAUGAGCAACAAUUAGAAAAAAAUAGAAUCAAAGAAGUGCAUCCAGAGAAUAAACUUUGGAAAGACAAAAAUAUUCAAAUAUUAUAA